ACACACGAUCUACUCACAGCAAGCUCAACAUGACUCCCAGCGCCACCGCUGUAUCUGCUCUGCCAUGUGCGCCCCGCACCGUGGCCAUGAGGAAAGAAGCAAGUGAACUGAGAAAAACCUUGAAACCCUUACUGGAAAAGAAAAGACGAGCGCGCAUCAACGACAGCCUCGACCGAUUAAAAGCGCUCAUUCUCCCUCUCACAGGCAAAGACAACUGCCGUUAUUCUAAACUGGAGAAAGCCGAUAUUUUGGAGAUGACCGUCAGAUUCCUGACUGAUAUCCAGACCACUCCGUCUAAAGAUACCGCAGUUAGUUUCACGGAGGGAUACACAACCUGCCUACAGCGCGUUUCUGCGCGCCUCCCGCAAACCAGCCUUGACGCAGAGACUCGCCACCGCGUAAACGACUUCAUCCAGCGCUCGGUGAUGCCCAAAACACCAGCCUGCCAGAACUGCUGUGCGCAGAGCUCCAGAAUGAUGUCGCAAAUCCAACAAAAACUUCAGAAUCUGAAAUCGAGCAGCUCAAGAUCCACAAAUCCAAAACAAGAUAUUCUCAGUCGACCUGAGCCUGUGCCAUUGAUCACCGAAGUCUGGAGACCUUGGUAGACUCACCAUACAAAAAGACUGUUGUUGCGAUGAAAGCCGUUUUAAAGUUGUACAUAUUUGCAUUUUAUGUAGCCUCUUGAUACAUUUAUUUGGUGAACACGAAUCAUCAAAUUGCGUAUAAGUAUUGUAUACUUGGUUUUUUUCCAGUACAGUUUAAGUAAUGGAACAGACUCGUUCAAAUUGUUUUUGUUUUCGUAAAGAUCCCGCGCGUAACCGGUAAAUAACGUGGUUAGAUUUAUUACCCUCCGUGGGCUAAAUCGUCGGUGGCUCUUGAAAACGCCUUAGUAAAACCCCAAGGGUUGUCAAAUGUAAGAUAUUUGCACUUCACACUUUCGUGUUGCUGCAGAUUAUUUAAUGGUAAACACUCUGUGUUUUUCACUUAAAGUAUCUCUAUUUUUGGGAUGAGCUAUGUAUAUUAUGUUUACACAUUAAUGUGUUUUUAUGUAUUAUGUUAUAUUUUAUAAUAAAAUGUGUGGGCUACAAAA